UAUGGGAGCAGGGAACUGAAUACACCGGUACCUCUGAAAUUAAUACACUUUAAUUAGAUCUUUCCGGUUUCCAAAUUUCGCCUUCUUUGAUGGUAAAAUAGUCUGUCCUCAAAACUGCUGAUCACCAUGUCCGAAUGCCUGCGUGGUUCGAUUAAGGGAUGGCUGCCACGAGCCGCGAAUAAUCUAGCCGGGAAAACUGUCGAAGAAGUCCUUCGAUCCAUCGCAUCCUACGCCGGACGUCUGGCUGUCCUCAGUCUAAACAAACUUCUCGAUCAGACUGAUCCGGAAUCGGCGUCUGUCCGUCGGGAAUUCCUUAAUUACUGGGUUGUCUUCGAUACUCGCGAGGAGAUCCUCCAGUUGCUCCGCCGGCUGGAGGAAACCAGGGACCAACUGCAGCGCACCAUCACAACCGGCAUCCGCGAACUGAGCAUCUUAAUACAGCAUCGCGACAUCGAUUUAAAACUGAGACAGAUUGUGGAGCAUCUAGAGAUGUACCUAGCCGCCGAUGAUCAAUCACGCGAAUUCACCCGGAAGGAAUUUCUCAACGCCUGUCAGCUCUACGAUCCCAAAGGUUUACUGGUCGCCUAUCACAAAAUCAUCACCACCAAAGACGUCACUGGGCACUUCCUCGGAGAGCUCGUGGAGCACUGCGAAUAUCAGCCGUUCUUGCAGUGGUGUGAUAUUAUCGCGUUAAACGCGCUGUGUGCGUAUUUAUGCGCAAUGCAAAAACUCCACGUGGUGCUGGAAGACGGAAAGGUCACAAAGGGCACCCUACACAAACAGGAUCAGCGGAUGGCCGGUCAACUGGAGGAAAUCCUCAAGGCCAUCAAAGCCGCGCAGAUUCAGUACGCGAAGAAAGCCUUCAUCGACAAAACACACGGUCAGCAACCAUCCGAUUUUGUCCGGUUGGUAGAUAACUUCAUGAUCAACUCUGACGCGCUCCCGAAAACGGCUAAUCAACGGUUAGCCGAGAGUUUAGGGGCGGAGCUAGCGGAACGCUAUCCCUGGUACGCUUGGGCGGUUGUCAUUGCGGAAGACAAUCCCAGAUGGCGGAAUUUCAUGGCGUAUUCCGAGGAUUUUCAGGAGAAUUUAUUUUUAAAGGAGUCCGUCCAUCAGCAAUUUAUGCCGCUGUUCGGUCGACGAGCCGCGCCACGUCCGGUUCUACAAACCAUUGUGGCGGGUGAUAGUUAUGGGAUCUUCACUUGCAAGCGAAAGUUUUACACCGGCGGGAAACUGGCGCAUCAGCGCCGAUUGACCGUGAUGUAGAUCCAUCAUAAGGACAUUCUUGACGUGAAACUGGACGAGACCGAUAAUAUCGGACUGACCAGUUUAACAAUAAAAAAGCUGGCGAUGGAUUAUAAAGUGCAGAGGAUAAAAGAGCAGACUGCCCAUCGCACGGAAGAGCACAGCGUUAUUGAGGAAAUACUGUUUAAGAAAGGGUACCAAUAUGUCGCCUACUUUGGUCUCAGAAAAACCAGGAAUAACUCCGACACGGGAAUGUUUUUCACCAAUCAAGUGGAGAGCUCGCUGUGGCCGUACUGUAUUCAGAAUGAAGACGGCCAUUUAUUUCUUUGGCUAACCAAAGUGACUCAGCGAGCUAUGGAUCGGAGACGGCAAUUUACCGAAUUAUGGUUAGCCGAUGAAUUACUGGGAGGAGGAUUCGGUUUGAAUGACACCGUGCAGAGAGAUAACAAAAUGUCCUGGCCAAGCAAUAACGCAUCCGAAUUGCUCAAGUUGGCGGAAGAUUCCAAUAAGGCUGGCAAUGUGUUCCUUGCGAAAAGUUAUGUUGAAUCAGCGAUUUACGAAUAUGAAUACGCUUUGUAUCUGCUGGAUAACGCAAUCAUGAAUUACUCCAGUCAACGGCAACAGUUGCUAACGAUCGUUACAUGCAAUUUGGCUCUGGCGUAUUUAAUGGCAAGGGAUAUCUAUGCAGCCAAAGAUAUGGCUAAUCGGGUCUUGCAUGCGGAGCCCAGUAACAGUCAGGCUCUGGUCACUCGCAGUCUGGCUGAUAUGGCGUGCGAGAAUUAUGAAUCAGCGAAAGAGGACCUUCUGUAUGUACGAACACUGCAACCCGAUCGCACCGACAUCGGGAUCCUAUUGAAAGUGACACAGUUAGGCGUAAUGAGCGAUACUUAUUGGGAAGUCAGCGUGGAUGAUGGACAGAAAAAGGACGAGCUAUUUGUCUCCAUGCUGCAUGACGAGAUGCAGAAAAUUCUGGGAAAGGUCUUGGAGGCUGCAACGGCCGAACCGGACCGUAAGGACGCCCAGAUUCUGUGGCACACGCUUUCGGCUGUUGAUACUUUUGUACGGAAUGUUGGCGAUGAGCUGCUUUGGGAAAAAGAUUCCAAACGGUACAGACUACUGGUUGGCUGGUUGGAUGCGGUACUCCAGGUCGCGAAAGACAUGAUAAACUUGAAAAAAGAGUGGAUUUUUAUCGAACGCAAACACGUCAUGGCGGCGCUGCAAGUGCUGAAGCUGCUGAUCACAGCUAAAGAGAUCUUUCUAAAAAUGUGACUGUUUUCAAAAUAAUUGGAUAAAUUCCCAAUUGUUUUCCGCCGAUUAUUGGCUUAUCCAGUUUUAACAGCUGUCGCGCAUUAGUGACGUACAGAUGCCGGCAACUGCUAUUGUUGCUUAUGUACAAUGUACAGGUGCGUGAUUUAUGAGGAUGUUGUUCAACGUUG